CAAGAAAAAAGGAAAACGCAGAGAGACAGAUACGUUUCGAUGAGAGUGAGUGAGUCACUCACUUGCAAAACUCAACAAGUGAUAUAAAUGCAUUCACUCCUGUCUUUCAAGUUUCAACCCAAAACAGGAAACUUAAAUUAUUAAGGAGGAGGGUUCUCGCCGGCCGACGACGUCGUUUAGCUCCGGGUUUACUGUCUUGAAAAUGUGAGUGAACAGAGUGGAACAACUAGAUGUUUAAUGUGGAGAAAGUGCAGCUGUUCUAGAUUUGGAAUUGCAACAAGGUUUAUUUUGGAAGCGAAAAUGUCAGGCAGCAAAGUGCUUUUAACAUACAAGCGAAAGCGGCACUCAAGAAAUGAUCUUCUACAGGAAGAUGGGUGUCAUAAUUCACCUUCUGACGCUAAUGAGGAUACUUAUUUAUCUAGGCCAGACAUGCAAGUGCAUUUGAUUGAUGAGAAUGCAUCAGAAGAAUAUGAAACGAAGACUACAGUAUGCCGUCUAUGUGUUGUAUGCUGUGUCGGUGGUAACCUGAUGCACUGUGAUAAAUGUCUUCGGUCUUAUCAUCUUGAAUGCCUAGAUAAGUCCCUCAAGCAUCCUGGUCAUGGAACAUUGCUUAGCUGUGGGUGUAUUGCUGCUUCAUUGGGUGAUGAUGGUAAUGUGGGAAAGGGGGCAGUUAGCUUUGAUGAUAGUUCGUUAAGGUUGAAUUCAUCAAACUUAGAAGAGACUGAUUUGUUUGCUGAAGUUAAGUUAGAGAACUCAUGUGAUGAUCUGUCUGUACAAACCAAGUGGAAAACUCCAUUACUUACUUUCCACCGGAGAUAUAAAAGAAAAAAAGAUAUGGAUGGGUCUCACAUACAAAGCAAAUCACUGAAUGUGAAAAAUAACUGUUCAGUGAUAACAGAAUCAAAAAAUUCUGCAUGUGCCAAAACCACUUCGUGUGAAGCAACUUCCCUUGAAAGCUUCUCACUAGAUCGUGGAGCAGAUUUAAACCCCUGCAAAGAGGUUAUUGAUAUUACAUAUUCUUAUGCUGGACCAGCUCCUGGGUCUAAAAUUUUGAUGCGUGAAGAGAAGACAAUGAAUGAAGCUUUACAGCAAGCAGGAAAAGUUCCUGACCAAAGUGCUCAAACUUUGAUGGAUGUCAAAAAAGAGUCCGUGGAUCAUUUAGGAACCUCAUUAAGUUGUGGUAUGAACGACUCCUCUUCUGAAACUGUACCGUUGUGUACGCAACCAGGAAUAAAUUCUCCGUUGGUAAAAGAGGAACCUCAAGUUUUGUCAAGUGAUGAUGAUCAUAAAGCAGCAGCAACCCUGCAUUCGGGCAGAUCCCUUCCUAAUUUGAACCUGUCUGUGAUCACCACUGAUUCAAACAGUAGUACUAUGGACUUGAAUGUUGACUUAAAUUUGAGUUCUCAAGAGCAACCUCUUCUUGCUGCGCCAAAAGCAACUCUGGACUCCUUCGAGUCUACUAGCAGAAGUCCUGCCACUGUCUUACAUGAACCACCUCCUUCAGAAAUAGUGGCCAUCAAAAAUGAGAGGAUAGAAACUCAUGCUUCUCUGUUACGCAAAGAUGCAUUUGAGUUUUUAGAAGUUGGUGCCAGCUGCAAAGAUUAUGAUCAAGUUACUCCAAACUUUGAUUCAAAAAACAAAUGUCUGCAGUUAUUUUCAGAAGAAAAAACCAGCGACAUUUCCCACCCAGUGAUAAUCCAGCCUGAGAUGACUGCUUAUAUGGCCUCAGAGGAGAGAAAAAUGCUCCAGUUGGGAAGCAACAAUAAUCAACCGAAUCAAGGAUCUCCACUGAAUCUAGGUCUAUCCUUACCAACUAAACCUUCAACUGCAGGAUCUGCAACCAACACCUGUCUCAAUACAUUUCCUUUCUUCAACUCCUUUACUGGAACCAGAGAAUUUAUCCAAGAUGCAGCACUCCAAUCUUCGUCAAGCCAUUUAUCAUCAGUUUUGAGAUACAAGAUGAUGCAUGAUAGCAUUGCAAGCCAAGCAAGAGCUUUGAAUGAAAUGGGCAGUUUCGAUAACAUAUCUCAGCCAUAUAAUACCAUGUGGUCCGAAGAGGAGUUGGAUUUUCUAUGGAUAGGUGUGAGGAGAUAUGGACGGGACAAUUGGAAUGCUAUGUUAACGGAUCCGAGAUUGCACUUCGCAUCAUGGAGGGUGGCAAGGGACUUAGCUAUGCGGUGGAAAGAGGAACAGUCAAAACUUUUGAGUAGCAUGUUUGGUCCACAAGUCAAGUACUCAAGAGCACAAGGCAGUUCUUUCUACCACAAUAACUUCUUGGGUCCACAAACAGGAUUCUGGCAACAAAACCCAGCAGAUGAAACCCGACUCUCCCUUCGUGUUGUAGAUUCUUGUAGAGGAGGUAAUGUCUCGAGGAGGCCACUAUUCAGAUCAACUUAUGUUUGCAAUGAUGGCCAGGAACACCUCCACAGGCCUCUUAGUUACCCGAAGAGGGUAUCUCGUCGAAGGAUCAAAUAUGAUGAGGAUGAAUUUCGUAGUUCAAGUAGAAGUCGGAGUAUGCUAAGGAACAAGCUGUUGUCAACUGAACUUCCCUCAACUUGCAAUAUUGGAGUGAACGGUAAUAUGCCCCAGUGGCUCCAAGAAUCUGCUGUUGCUUCUCCUCCAAGUCUCAGGGCAUCAAUUCUGCCUUCAACCGCUUCAUCUUUUGCGUUUGCCCAUUCUGAUACAUUGAAUGUCACCCGCCCUGAUUUCGAUCCCUCCGAAUCACGUUGUGCAGAAAGGAAGGACAUGCAGUAUACAUUUGGUGGUUCAAGAGAAUAUGACCUACAGCCAUUAGUAAGUAGUGCUCCUCAUUGCAAUUCAGGAUUAAGACCUGAAAUGGCUAAACCGAGAAGGGAUUCUUCUCAUGACGCUGGUAAACAAGAUGAUUUGAUUGUUUUAGACAGUGACGCUUCUUCUGAAGGGACCAUAUCCGAUUAAUUUUGUUAUUGUUCGUAGGUUGUUGUAGCUAGUCUGAAGGUGUUUUUUGUUGUAGAAAUGUAGUGCGCUUGUUUAACUUGUAAGUCGAAUAAUUUGUAAAUAAUAAUGCAAGGAAUGUAUUUGAACUUUGUAUGAUCUUCUUGUUGUCUGA